AUGAUUUUGUCUCGUGUGGCUUCGGCCUCAUGGCUGAUGGCACUUGCAUGCUCCUCUCUGGUUUUCACUGAACGAGCACAGGACUCGAAUUCGACAUUCUACAACCCUAUUAUCCCCGGAUUCCACCCCGAUCCAAGCUGCAUAUUCGUCUCUGAACAGAACGACACCUUCUUCUGUGCUUCAUCGAGCUUCAACGCCUUCCCGGGUAUCCCGCUCCACGCCAGCAAGGACCUGCACAACUGGAAGUUGAUUGGUGCUAUUGCCUCGAUCCACGCAGAGAAGCAGAAAGCUGACCUACGACAGGACACGUAUUGA